UUCUAGUCGUUCCGGGGUAAAAGUGUGAUCCGCAGUGAACAUGUGCGUGUGAUCUGCUGGAGGUUAGUGAGCCUUUAAACGGAGCAUACGGAAAGUUAGGGUUAAAAAGUGGAAGGAGAGUUAAGGAGGUGAGAAACAAAGACGUUGUGGUAACCAGGAGUACCUUUGGUAUUCAUCAUGGGAAGAAAAUUAGAUCCCGCAAAUAAGGUGAAACGAGGCCCAGGACGGAAGGCCAGGAAGCAGAAGGGAGCAGAAGCAGAGCUCGCAAAAUUCUUAGAUGAGAAGAAAGAACCUAAAAGACUGUCUAGCCGAGCCAGGAAACGUGCUGUAAAGAGAACUCAAGUCCCUAAGAAAAAAGAAGAGACUGAAGAGGAAAAGCCAACAAAAGGAUUCACUGAUGAGAAUAGCGAGUGGCUGAAGCCAGUCAAGCGGAAGCGCCCUGUUGAAGAUAUUGGUGAAGACAGUGACAGUCAAUGGGAGCAGGAUGAAGAGGAGGAAGAGGAUGGAGGACUGGGACAGGAAAUCGGAGACCCCGAGAUGGAGGAGGAAGAUGAUGAUGAAGAUGAAAUGGUCGAUGACUAUGGAGUCAUGGAGGAAAGCAGCGAUGGAGAUGAAGAUGAUGGGGACGAACAUAGUGACGGGGAGGAUCUCCUCCCCAUUGAGCGGGCUGCCCGGAAACAGAAGAAGCUUCAGGAUGCCAUGCAGGACGAGAGAGAUGAAGAACAAGAAGAGGGCGGCAGUGACCAUGUGGAUGAGGAGGACACUGUACAGGCCAAUAUUGAUGAAGUCGGUACAUUUACGUUUCCCAAAGAUGAGAAACAUGAGAAGGAGGGGAUUCUUCCAUUGGAUCUGAAGUCCAUUUAUCAGAGAAUAAAGGGCAAUGUGGAAGUUCUCUCGGACUUUAACAACAGAAGAGAGGAGGGGAAAGACAGGGCUGAUUACCUCUCCCUGUUGAAAGAAGACCUGUGCACUUAUUAUAGCUAUAACACAUUCCUCAUUGAAAAGCUGCUGGAGAUCUUCCCACUAUCAGAGCUCAUAGAUUUCCUGGAGGCCAACGAGAUCCAGCGGCCCAUCACCAUUAGGACUAACACCCUUAAGACAAGAAGACGAGACUUGGCUCAGGCUCUGAUCAACAGAGGUGUCAAUUUGGAUCCUUUGGGGAAAUGGUCCAAAGUUGGGCUGGUCAUUUUUGACUCCCCUGUACCUAUAGGUGCUACCCCAGAGUACCUUGCUGGUCACUACAUGUUGCAGGGUGCUUCCAGUCUCCUGCCUGUCAUGGCACUUUCUCCACAGGAGGGGGAAUCCAUCCUGGACAUGAGUGCUGCACCUGGGGGCAAGACAACGUAUAUGGCCCAGCUGAUGAAGAACACGGGUUUGAUUGUUGCAAAUGAUGCCAGUGCAGAAAGGCUGAAGAGCGUUGUGGGAAAUAUCCAUCGUCUGGGCGUUACCAACACCAUCAUCUGCAACUAUGAUGGCAGGCAGUUCCCCAAGGUGAUGGGCGGGUUUGAUCGGGUUCUACUGGAUGCCCCAUGUUCAGGCACUGGAGUAAUUUCAAAAGAUCCAGCUGUGAAAACCAGUAAGGAAGAAAUUGAUAUCAAGCGCUGUGCUCACCUUCAGAAGGAACUCAUACUGUCUGCCAUUGAUUCCCUCAAUGCGGAGUCUCCAACAGGGGGCUACCUGGUCUACUGUACCUGCUCCAUUAUGGUGGAGGAAAAUGAGUGGGUGCUCGACUAUGCUCUGAAGAAAAGAAAUGUGAAAUUGGUGCCCACUGGCUUGGACUUUGGUAAAGAAGGCUUUACCAGGUUCAAACACCAUAGGUUUCACCCAUCCCUUCGUCUUUCUCGUCGGUUCUACCCACAUUCACAUAAUGUGGAUGGUUUCUUUGUGGCAAAACUGAAAAAAUUCUCCAACACUGUUCCAACCACAACUGUUGAUGAAAACCCAGAACAAGAAAAUAAUCCUGCUAGUAGUGAAACACCUGCUCCUUCAGGCGAUGCUCCCUCAACAGUUGAAAAGACAAAACUGAAGGCCAAAAAACAGACACCAAGCAAGUCAGACACUGACAAUAAGAAGACAGAAACUAAUGGGAACCCUGCAAAAAGCAUCACAAAAAAAUCACCAGGACCCUUAAAUAAGAAAAUGAAAAUGGAUGGAAAGAAACCACAAAAAUUUGUCAAGAAAGAGGGAGCGGCAGCACAACAGGCAGAGAAAACAGGAGAGAAAAAGGAAGGGAACAGGUUUGAGAAGAAAGAGGGCAAAAAGAAAUGGAAAAAACCAAUGAAAGAAAAAAGAAUGGGGAAUAAUAAAUUCAAGAAAUUUAAAAAGAUGGGGCAGAAGGCAGCGAGAGCGUAAGUUCAGCAAAUUCCUGGAAUGGAUGCACUGUUGUACCUGGCGUUGGUGCGGCAGGAGGACAGAACACAGCUGUGGGGUGCGUUGGUGCUGGAGUCAUCAAGGUGAUUCUCAGGAGACCACAGGCAUUCCAAGCACUGUACAGUAUGUCAGCGUGGUGGCAUCUCAGAUUCUGGUAUCAAAAGUUCCAUUUAAGAACUUCAGACUUCUGUGACAUUUUCAUGGAAAAGUUUUAUGUGUUUGUCAAUUUUUUUCAUGUAUUUUAUAGUAAAUUUCUUGUGGGAAGAUUGAAUAAAAUCCUCCUGUGCAGAAAGUUUACAUUUGUACGUCCUACU